GCCUGUGUGUGUCCAUGCUGCAAGUUCCAUAAUCGUAUAAGGAUGCAACGCAAGAAGAUCGAUAACCGUAUCCGGGUGCUGAUUGAGAAUGGCGUGGCUCAGAAACACAGGAGCUUUUUUGUGGUUGUGGGGGAUCAAGGGAAGGAUCAGGUCGUUAUUCUUCACCACAUGCUAUCGAAAGCUACUGUCAGAGCCCGCCCAUCGGUCCUGUGGUGCUACAAGAAAGAGUUGGGCUUUAGCAGUAACCGGAAGAAAAAAAUGAGAAAGCUGCAGAAGAGGAUUAAAAGUGGCUCGUUGAACAUCAAGGAGGAUGAUCCCUUCGAGCUUUUCGUUGCUGCUACGAACAUUCGGUAUUGCUACUACAACGAGACCCAUAAAAUCCUUGGCAACACGUACGGAAUGUGUGUCCUGCAGGACUUCGAGGCCUUGACUCCCAAUCUGCUGGCUCGUACUGUAGAGACUGUGGAAGGUGGGGGAAUUGUGGUUCUUCUUUUGCGCACCAUGAGCUCACUAAAGCAGCUUUACACCAUGACCAUGGACGUCCACUCUCGUUACAGGACCGAGGCCCAUCAGGAUGUUGUUGUGAGAUUCAAUGAGAGGUUCAUCCUGUCUCUUGCUUCCUGCAAGACCUGCAUGGUGAUCGAUGACCAACUAAACAUUUUGCCAAUCUCCAGCCACAUUGCCAAUAUAAAGCCUAUCCCUCCCAAAGCUCAGGAUGCCAGCUUGUCUCCUGAGGAACAAGAGCUGCAGGAUGUAAAGCUUAGCCUUCAAGACACACAGCCUGUGGGAGUUCUGGUAGAGAACUGCAAAACUCUGGACCAGGCAAAAGCAGUGUUGAAGUUCAUCGAGGCUGUGUCUGAGAAGACCCUUAGGAGCACUGUUACCCUAACAGCAGCUCGCGGUCGAGGAAAGUCUGCUGCAUUAGGCCUGGCUAUAGCAGGGGCUGUGGCAUUUGGUUAUUCAAAUAUUUUUGUAACUUCUCCAAGCCCUGAUAACCUACACACCCUCUUUGAGUUCAUCUUCAAAGGGUUUGACUCACUGCAGUAUCAGGAGCACAUGGAUUAUGAGAUUAUCCAGUCCUUGAACCCUGAAUUUGAGAAAGCUGUGGUCCGAGUGAAUGUGUUCAAGGAACACAGACAGACUAUUCAGUACAUACACCCAGCGGAUGCAGUUAAACUGGGGCAAGCAGAGCUGGUGGUGAUUGACGAGGCGGCUGCCAUUCCUCUCCCACUUGUGAAGAACCUCAUGGGACCAUACCUGGUGUUCAUGGCUUCCACUAUCAAUGGGUAUGAAGGAACUGGUCGUUCCCUGUCUCUGAAACUGAUCCAGCAGCUCCGACAGCAAAGCGCCGACAGCCAAGUCACCGUGACAGCUGAGAACAAAUCCACAGCUAGCAAUCGAUUAGCAUCAGCCCGGACAUUGCAUGAAGUGACCCUCCAGGAAUCAAUCCGUUACGCACCCGGAGAUCCCGUAGAGAAAUGGCUGAACGACAUGUUGUGUUUGGAUUGUAUGAAUAUCAGCCGAAUCAUCUCUGGCUGCCCUCUCCCUGAGACAUGUGACCUAUAUUACAUUAACCGGGACACACUUUUUUGCUAUCACAAGGCUUCUGAAUCUUUUCUACAGAGACUCAUGGCUCUAUAUGUGGCUUCUCAUUAUAAGAAUUCGCCCAAUGACCUUCAGAUGAUGUCCGAUGCUCCAGCCCACCAUCUCUUCUGUCUCCUUCCCCCCGUUCCACCAACUCAGAAUUCUGUGCCAGAGGUCCUGGCCGUGGUCCAGGUGUGCCUUGAGGGAGAGAUUUCCCGCCAGUCCAUCUUGAGUAGUCUGUCCCGUGGGAAGAAGGCAUCAGGGGAUCUGAUUCCCUGGACUGUUUCUGAGCAGUUCCAAGAUCCAGAUUUUGGCAGUCUGUCCGGUGGGCGAGUAGUGCGGAUAGCAGUUCAUCCAGACUACCAGGGGAUGGGAUAUGGAAGUCGUGCCCUGCGACUGGUGCAGAUGUAUUAUGAAGGGCAGUUUCCCUGCCUAGAGGAAAAUGCAACUAAUAAGCCCCAGGAGAUCACCUCGGUUAGCAGUGAGGCUGUGAGUCUCCUGGAGGAGUCGCUCACCCCUCGGAAGAACUUGCCCCCUCUGCUUCUGAGGCUCAGCGAGAGGCCAGCAGAGAAGCUUGAUUAUCUCGGAGUAUCGUAUGGAUUAACCCCCAAACUGCUGAAGUUUUGGAAGCGUGCUGGGUUCGUACCGGUUUAUCUGCGGCAAACUCCGAAUGACCUCACUGGGGAACACUCCUGCGUCAUGCUGAAAACUUUACACGAGGAUGAGGAAUCUGAUCAGGAGCCAUGGCUGACAGCAUUUUGGAAAGAUUUCCGGAAGCGGUUUCUCUCUCUCCUUUCCUAUCAGUUCAGUACUUUUGCACCAUCACUGGCACUGAACAUUCUGCAGAACAGGAACAUUAAGAAGGAAUCCGAAAACCUGAUCUCUCGCUCUGAACUAGAGGCUGGUUUAACCCCCUACGACCUGAAGCGAUUGGAGAUGUACUCUCGUAACAUGGUGGAUUAUCAUCUUAUCAUGGAUCUGAUCCCUUCUCUGGCUCGGAUGUACUUUCUGCAGCAACUCGGAGGCCUCAGCUUGUCCGCAGCUCAAUCUGCUCUGCUUCUGGGCAUCGGCUUGCAGCAUAAAAGUGUCGAUCAGUUGGAGAAAGAGAUUGAGCUCCCCAGCAGUCAGCUGAUGGGACUUUUCAACCGCAUCAUUCGUAAAAUAGUCCAGCUGUUUAACAGAAUCCAGGAGAGGGCAGUGGAAGAGGAAAUGGCUACCACUAAGGAGGUGGUUAUGGAACCAACACUGAAGUCUCUUCAGGAGGAUUUGGAAGAGGCCGGUAAGGAGUUUCAAGAGAAACACAAGCAGGAAGUGGAGAAGCUAAAAGGGAUAAAUCUCUCUGAAUAUGUGAUCCGAGGGGAUGAUGAGGAAUGGAAUGAAGUCCUGAAGAAAACGGGUCAAAAUGCAUCAGUUAUCAGCAUGAAGAGUGACAAGAAGAGAAAGCUGGAGCAGCCAGAAAAGGAGGGAUUCAAACAGAAGAAGAAUUUAAAAAAGAAUAAGGAGAAAAAGCAGAAAUUUGCUAAAUAGUUAUUUUAAUGCAUAUCGUGAUUGCGGGAGGAUCCGCUGAACCCAGUGUAUUUAUAUUUUCAAGGAUAUUGUGGGAGGAAACUUGCCCCAAGGGAGGUGUUAAUCUCCCUCAAUACUUUGUGAUUAGUUUGCUGUCUGUGUGCUGGACAGGCUGGCAGGGAUGUGCCUACGGAUAUGAGUUGGACUCGUUGCAUGGUGACCUUUGUAUAUUUUUAAACUGUACAUAAAGCACCGUAUGUGUAAAUAUACACACGUUUCUACAUCA